AUGCCUGGUGCAUGUAGUGAGAUAAUUGAUGAUAUUGAAGACUUGAUUGAAUCUCAAGAACUAGAUCCGCGUAAAAGCUCUAGAAAAGGGGUGACUGUUAGAGUCAAGAGACUAAAAUCAGUAAAAAAACAAGUAAUAGAGGAUGUUCCUGAAACAAAUGACCAGAGUGUUCCAAAGAGUAUAGUACCAGGUACUCAAAAGAUCUUUAUUAAAACUUGGGGUUGUACACAUAAUAAUUCUGAUGGAGAAUACAUGGCAGGCUUGUUGUCAACUUAUGGCUACACUUUGACUAGUGAUAAAUUAGAAGCAGAUCUUUGGUUACUCAAUAGUUGUACUGUAAAAAGUCCUGCAGAAGACCAUUUCAGAAACGAAAUAGAAGCUGCUAAAAAGCUUGGUAAAUAUGUUGUCGUUUCUGGUUGUGUUCCUCAAGGUGCACCGAAAUCUACCUUCCUUAAGGGCUUGAGCAUUAUCGGAGUGCAACAAAUCGACAGGGUGGUUGAAGUUGUUGAGCAAACUCUUAAUGGUAAUAGUGUAAGACUUUUUGGAACAAAGAAAUCUGGCGGGAAGAAACUUGGUGGAGCUCCCCUGUCUUUACCCAAGGUUAGAAGGAAUCCUCUUAUUGAAAUAAUUCCUAUCAACACAGGCUGUCUUAACCAGUGUACAUAUUGCAAGACAAAACAUGCGAGAGGGGAACUUGGCAGUUAUCCACCAGGGGAAAUUAUUGCUCGAGCUGUUGAAGCUUUUUCUGAAGGAGUGGUGGAAUUGUGGCUGACUUCAGAAGAUACUGGGGCUUACGGAAAGGACAUUGGUUCUUCACUUCCAGCUCUUUUGAAAGAACUAGUAAAAGUGAUACCAGAGGGAGCAAUGCUCCGUGUAGGAAUGACGAACCCUCCUUACAUAUUGGAUCACUUAGAGGAGAUGGCUGAAGUUUUAUCACAUGACCGUGUAUACAGCUUCCUCCAUGUUCCUGUACAAUCAGGUUCCGAUAGCGUUCUCGGUGAAAUGAAAAGAGAAUAUACAAGGAGUGAUUUCGAAAAAGUAGUGGACUAUUUGUCUUCCAAUGUUGUGGGAGGAGUAACUAUAGCAACAGAUAUUAUCUGUGGAUUCCCGACGGAGACUGAACAAGACUUUGAAGAAACGAUGUCAUUAAUUGCUAAGUACAAGUUUCCUUCCGUCUAUAUUAAUCAGUUCUUCCCCCGCCCGGGUACGCCUGCUGCUGCUAUGCCUAGAAUUCAUCCUAAACUGGUUAAAGAGCGAACAAGGAGACUUACAGAUUUUCACCUGUCCUAUGAACCUUAUACUGGUACCGUUGGAACCAUUCACUCCGUUCUCGUCACUGAAAUAGCUCAUGAUAAAGUUCAAUACGUUGCACAUAACAAACGAUACCAACAAAUUUUAGUCCCAGGGAAACCAGAAAUUAUGGGAAAAGUUGUUCGAGUUGAAAUAACGGAAGCAUUGAAAUAUUGUAUGAUUGGACGACUAAUUGAUGACAAUUACAAGACUAUUCAAUCUAACGCAGUGCUUAAAAACUCUGAUGAAUGCAAUAAUGGAAGAACCUCAUCGAUAUUGAGCCAUUGUAUAUGGGUCGUUGUCUUCAUUAUUAUUGCAAGAAUUUUGUGGAUUUUUCUGUGA